GGACGACGACGACGGGCUGCGGCCCGGAGGAAGGCGGCGGUGACGACAAGUGACAGCACGGCCGCGGCCUGGGAAGCGCCGCAGGGGCAGGGCACACGCACCGCCCGCACACGCAGCCCCGCUGGCCGCCCUCUCCCCACCCCCGCACCUGCGUUGCCGGCCGGCGGGGCGGGGCGGGGCGGGGGGCGGUGUGUUGUGCUUGGUAACCAGGGAGCCGCGCAGAGGAGCGGAGUGGCGCGGAGCAGCGCGGAACGGCGCGUCGCGGCCGGCGGAGGCGCUGAGGUUUCCCGCCAGUGCUGUUCCCCGACCCUGGGAGGGCUGGCGUUGGACCAGAGGCGUCUGAGUGCCCCGGGCAUUGCUGUGCCAGGGCUGAGGGCUGCGCGCUAAGGGAAGCCACCUGAGAUCCUCAUCGCGUCGAGGUCAGCAGCUUGGAGGGAGCCUUCUGUCAGGGGAAGUGGGCUUGCUGCAAAGACAUCAUGGCCUCAUCCCGACUAGGGGCAAGGUCUAGAGAUAUCGCCAAUGUCAUGCAACGACUUCAAGAUGAGCAAGAGUCAGUGCAGAAAAGGACUUUCACAAAAUGGAUCAAUACUCAUCUGGCUAAGCGCAAUCCUCCCAUACUGGUGAAUGAUCUGUUUGAAGAUAUCAAAGAUGGGGUAAUGCUAAUUGCCCUUUUGGAAGUUCUUUCAGGGCAGAAGCUGCCUUGUGAGCAAGGACGUCAGCUGAAGAGAAUUCACUGGGUUGCCAACAUUGGCACAGCUCUUAAGUUUCUAGAAGGAAGACGGUCCAUAUAUAGAGGAUCUCCGAUUAAGCUUGUCAACAUAAACUCAACUGAUAUUGCUGAUGGCAGGCCUUCUAUUGUGCUUGGCUUAGUGUGGACCAUAAUUUUAUAUUUUCAGAUUGAAGAGCUUACUAGCAACCUCCCACAGCUGCAGUCGUUGUCUAGCAGCGCUUCUUCUGUGGAGAGUGUUGUCAGUUCAGAAACUGCGAGUCCCCCAAGCAAACGGAAGGUGGUAACCAAGGUCCAAGGAAGUGCCAGGAAGGCUUUGUUAAAAUGGAUACAGUACACAGCAGCAAAGCAAGUUGGAAUUGAAAUCAAAGAUUUUGGACAAAGUUGGAGGAACGGUGUUGCAUUUCAUUCCGUUAUUCAUGCUAUCCGCCCAGAUUUAGUGGACAUGGACAAAGUGAGGGGAAGGUCAAAUAGAGAAAACCUGGAAGAAGCCUUCACAAUCGCCGAAGCAGAACUAGGAAUUCCAAGGCUCCUUGAUCCAGAAGAUGUGGAUGUUGACAAGCCAGAUGAAAAGUCUGUCAUGACCUAUGUAGCCCAGUUUUUGAAGUACUAUCCUGAUCCUCAUCAUACAGUGACUGAUGUGCAGGAGAAUGAUAAGGAAGACAGAGUGAUGCUGAGAGACCUAAAAGUGUGGGCAGAACAAUUUGAAAGAGACUUAGCCCGAGCACAGGUGGCAGAAACAAGCUUACAGGAGAAAUACCAGUCAUUUAAGCAUUUCAGAGUACAAUAUGAGGUAAAGAGGAAACAGAUUGAACUUGUAACCCAGUCAUUAAGGAAAGAUGGUAAAUUAUCACUUGACCAAGCUAUGGUGAAGCAGGCAUGGGACAGAGUUUCUUCCAGGCUGCUUGAUUGGCACAUACACCUUGAUAAAUCUCUUCCUGCACCUUUGGGUACCAUAGGUGCUUGGCUUUAUAGAGCAGAGGCUGCUCUGAGGGAAGAAGUAACUGUUCAGCAAGCUCAUGAGGAAACAGCGAAUACGAUACACCGGAAGCUUGAACAACAUAAGGAUCUGCUGAAAAACAUAGAUGGUCACAAAAAAGCAUUCCAUGAGAUCCACGGGGCCAGGUCUGUUAACGGAGUGCCAGUUCCACCUGACCAAUUAGAGGAUAUGGCAGAAAGGUUUAAUUUUGUUGUCUCUUCAUCUGAGCUCCAUCUGUUGAAGAUGGAGUUUCUGGAACUGAAGUACCGUCUACUGUCACUCUUAGUCCUUGCAGAAUCAAAGUUAAAAUCAUGGAUUAUCAAAUAUGGAAGGCGAGAGUCGGUGGAACUACUUCUUCAAAAUUAUAUUUCUGUUAUUGAAAAUAGUAAGUUCUUUGAGCAGUAUGAAGUUACUUACCAGAUCUUGAAAAGAGCAGCUGAAAUGUAUGCCAAAGCAAAUGGCUCAGUGGAAGAAGUUGAGAAUGUGAUGAAAUUCAUGACUGAAACAACAGCACAGUGGAGGAAUCUAUCGGUAGAGGUGAGAAGUGUAAGAAGCAUGUUGGAAGAAGUAAUUGCUAAUUGGGACAGAUAUAGCAGCACUGUGGCAGGUCUACAAGCUUGGCUAGAAGAUGCUGAAAAAAUGCUGAAUCAGCCUGAGCAUUCUAAAAAGGAUUUCUUCCGGCAUUUACCUCAUUGGAUCCAACAGCACACAGCCAUGAAUGAUGCUGGUAAUUUUCUGAUUGAAACAUGUGAUGAGACCAUUUCCAGAGAUCUUAAACAGCAGCUUCUGUUACUAAAUGGAAGAUGGAGAGAAUUGUUUAUGCAAGUUAAGCAGUAUGCUCGAGCAGAUGAACUAGACAAAAUAAGGAAGGAAUACUUGGAUGGUGUUGCCCAUUUGACAGCUUUUAUUGAUGGAAGCAAUAGGAAAUUUUCAGUCCCUGUAGAAGUGUCCUUCCUUGAUGUCAAAAUGUUUGUACAAGAUUUAGAAGACAUUAAGCAGAAAUUGCCUGCGAUGGAAGCUCAGUACAAAAUGGUUACAAGAACAGCGCAACUUGUUACAAAAGAAGUUUCCCAAGAGGAAGUAAAUGAAAUGCUUGGAACUUUGACAAGGAUCAAAGAGCAGCUCAGCAAGGUUAAGGAGUAUUCCUGUGCGCUGCUCUAUGAAUGCCAGCAUCUACUGUCUCCACUGGAAGAACUGGAGAAACAAAUCACACAUUUUUAUGAAUCUCUUGAAAAAGUAAAUGAAAUAAUUUCUAUCCUGGAUCCUGAAGCACAACCCACAACUGUUCUUAAACAAAAAGCCCAAGAUUUGGUAGCUUAUCAAGAAAACUGCAAGAAAGAUUUGUCCCUGAUUGAGAGAAAUAGUCAGAGUAUCCUGCAGUGUGUGGCUUCGCGUGAAGUGUUACAACAUUUCCAUCAGUCAACAUUUCAGAAGAAAGUUACACAAGUUCAGAUUACUUUUCAGAAUAUGGUCAGGAAAGCUGGUGACUGGAGAAAAAACAUAGAAGCAAAUAGCCGUUUGAUGAAGAAAUUUGAGGAGUCUAGAGCAGAACUGGAGAAUGUAAUACAGAUUGCCAAUUCCUGCUUAAAAGAAAAAGGAAAUCCUGAAGAACUUCUCAGAAAACAUAGCGAAUUCUUUAACCAGUUGGAUCAGAGAGUCUUAAAUGCCUUUCUGAAAGCUUGUGAUGAACUUACUGACAUUCUCCCAGAACAAGAGCAACACAACCUGCAGGAAGCUGUGAGAAAACUUCAUAGGCAGUGGAAGGAUCUUCAAACAGAAGCACCAUAUCAUCUGAUCCACUUGAAGAUAGAAAUACAGAAAAGCAGGUUCUUAGUCACAGUGGAGGAGUGCAAAGCCGAACUAGCUCGACAGAACAAGGUGUUAUCAAGAGAAGGCAAUGAAAGGAUGAUUGAGGAACACAAGUUGUUCUUCGGUGACAAGGGAUCUUACCAGCUGUGUGAGAAAAGGCUACAAAGGAUUGAAGAACUGUGCCAAAAACUGCCAGUUUCUGAUCCAGUGAGGGCUACAUUGGAAAGCAGCCAACGAAUCCUGAAGGAUCUAAAAUCCCAGAUAGACAGCACUUAUGUAAAGCUAACAGAGCACUCGAACACCUGGAAGGGCUACAAGAACAGAUUUUCUGAAUUGGCAAAUUGGAUUUCCUCAACAGAAAGAGAGAUAAAGAAGAUAAAGGAAAGUGUCAAUGAUACUGCCAAAUACAAGCAAUGUAAAUCAUCUUUGGGGGAAAUUAGGAAGCAUAUUAACAGGCAAGGAGAAAAUCACAGCUGGCUGAAAUCUAGACUUGCUGUUUUGACUGCAGUAUGUCCUGAUUUGGAGGCCAAAAAGACAGAGGAUGAGCUUUGUAAACUUUCCAGUGACUUCAAGGGACUCCUAGAUUUGCUGGCUGAGGUUGAAAAGACUUUAGGUACUGUUGGAGACUGUGUCCAGUACAAAGAAGAAGUUAAAAGUGCAAUAGAAGAGUUAAUCAACAACUCUAAAGAAGCCCAAGCAGAGGCUGAAAAGAUCCUGGAUACAGAAAGUUUAUUACAAGCUCAGCAACUACUACUUCAUCAUCAGCAAAGGACAAGGAGACUCUGUGCAAAAAGGCAAGAUGUGCAACAGCAGAUUUCCCAAGCUAAACAGUUGCAGGUUGAAGGUGGACUGCCUAGCACAAUGCAAGAGGAUUUGCAAAAGUUGGAAGGAACGUUGGAGAACAUGCAGCAGACUAUGGAGAAACGUGAAGAGCAACUGCAGGUCACAAUAAAUAAAUGGGAGCAGUUUGAAAGAGACAAAGAAACAGUAGUAAAAUAUCUCAAUCAAGCAAGCUCUGCACUUGAACGUAUCUUAAACUUUAGCAGUUUAGAGAGCCUCUCCUCAGAACUGGAUCAAACAAAGGAACUUUCUAAACAGACUGAAGCAAUGGCUGUGCAGGCUGAGAAUUUGGUGAAGAAUUCUUCUGAGAUACAGCUUGGUUCAAAGAACAAGGAGUCCCUUCAACAGCAGGCAAAAUCAAUCCAAGAACAAGUGAAAAAAGUGGAAGUUACUCUUGAAGAAGAUAUUAAAAGCAUGGAAAUGGUGAAAAACAAGUGGGAUCAUUUUGGCAAUAAUUUUGAAGCUCUGUCCAUCUGGAUAGCUGAACAAGAAAAAGAACUGGAAACUUUGGAAACAUCAUCAUCUCCUUUGGACAUACAGAUCAGCCAAAUCAAGGUUAUUAAUAAAGAAAUAGAUGGUAAAAUAACUGGAAUCUCAAAACUGGAGGAGGAAGCCGAGUCUUUUUCCCAGUUUGUUACCUCUGGAGAACGUGCACAUAUUAAAGCCAAGCUGACUCAGGUCAAAAGGUAUUGGGAAGAGUUAAGAGAUCACGCACAGAGACUGGAAGGAACAAUCACAGGGAAUGCAUCAGCACAGCAGAAAUAUGAAGAAAAUCUUAAACAGGUGCAGCGGGCGGUGUCUGACUUGGAAGCGAAGCUAGCUGAGCCUCUCACAUCGUGCUCUUCGGCAGCGGCAACAUACACAGCCCUUCAGGAUUGCACGGACCUUUGUCAUACUGUGGAAAAACUGAGCAACACUCUGACGUCUCUCUCAGCCUGUGCCCGAAAGUUAGCCAACAAAGAAAAAGCUGCUCACGAGGUUACAGCAUUACAGCAGAAAUACGAAAAGGUGCUAGAAAAUGCUAAAGAGAAACAGACCUUAUUAGAGAAUCUUCUGGUUCAGUGGCAGAAGCAGGAGAAGGAGCUGUCUGCCUUCCAGACCUGGUUGGAGGGGUGUGAAGCUACAGCCAGGCCUUCAGAGCAGUAUGUUUCUGCUGACAGAGUUAAACUGGAAGGUGAACUCCAGUCACUGCAGGAUUUGCGAGCAGAUAUUGAGUCCCGUGCUUCAGUCUAUGAGAGCCUAUUACAGUUAAAUGAGUCACUAUUCCCAACAGCUUCCGAACAGUCUGUGAAAAGAAUCAAAGAAAAAUUUGAAGAGCUGGAUGAGAGGUGGAAAGCUUUACCACAAGCUGUUGAUAAAAGGAUCAACUUCCUUCAAUCUCUUGUUGCUGAGCAUGGGCAGUUUGAUGAGCUCCUGCUCAGGUUUUCAGACUGGAUUAAGCAGUUCCUUGCUGAACUACAAGCCACUUCAGAGAUAUACACAGCUGAUCAACAAGUAGCUGCAUCUCACAAUAAGAACCACUCAAUGGAAGUCGAAAGUAAGAAACAGCAGCUACAAAGUCUGAAGGAACAUGUAGAUAAAUUGUGUUCUUUCAGCUGCCCGGAGGACCAGCAGACUUUGCAGGGAAAGACUGAAGAUUGCUUUCAGAUCUUCCAGGAGGCAAGUCAAAUAACUAGCCAAAGACAAGAGGCUCUGGAUCAGCUGCGGGUAUUCCUGGAGCUCCAUGGUGCUGCAUCAGGAGUGCUCCACCAACUGAGGCAGACGGUGGAGAAAACAGGAAAUAUGGAUAAAGCUAAAUCUGAAUUACUGGAGAAAGAACUCAAUGGUGUCAUUCAAGAUCUUAACAAGCUGGAAUCUGUUGCCAUCAGUUUGGAUGGUUCCCUUACUAAGGCCCAGUAUCACCUAAAACACAGCAUUUCUGAGCAGAGGACCUCCUGCAGGGCUGUGGUGGAUAAUCUGUGCUUGGAACUGGAGGCGGUUCAAAACCUGCUGGGAACCAAACAGAGUGAGGCAGAAGCUCUUGGAGCCUUGCGAAGAUCUUUCAUGGAACGUAAAGAACAGCUGCUCAAGAGAAUUGAAGAUACUGAGGAAAAGGCUGACAAGGAGGGCGUGAAGGAGGCAACACUGCAAGCCCUCCAGCAGAGAUUGAGGGUCUUUAAUCAGUUAGAUGAAGAAUUAAAUUCUCACCACCAUGAACUCCAGUGGCUCAUGGACAAAGCAAAACAAAUAGCUCAAAAAGAUAUUACGCUGGCUCCUGAGAUCGACAAAGAGAUAAAUCGCUUAGAAUCUCUGUGGGAGGAUACCAAGAAAGUUAUACAUGAAAAAAAGGAACAGUCCUGCAUUCUUAUUGAUCUAAUGAAGGAAUAUCAGAGCUUGAAGUCAACGGUAAUGAAAGUCAUAGACAGUGCUGACAGUGCUUCUGUGAUCAAAUCCAUUUGGAAGGAUCACGAAGAUGUCAGGCGAGCUUUAUCAAAGCAUGAAGCUGCCAAGAAUGCUCUGAGUGAUAAACAAAAAGACCUGGAUACUUUCACCAAUAAAGGAAAACAUUUGUUAGCGGAACUGAAAAGGGUGCAAAACUGUGACUCCACUGCGGUAAAAACAGAUAUGGACUGUACGGUGGACAAAUGGCUAGAUGUGUCUGAAAGAAUUGAAGACAACAUUGACCGUCUGGGUGUAGGCGUGUCUCUGUGGGAUGACAUCCUGAAAACUGGAGACGAAAUGGAUGGAUGGUGCAAUAAGAGCAUUUCUCAACUGAAUGAAGGCAUCAGCAACUUGAGUGACAGUCAGAGAAUGGAGGUCCUCCUCAAAGGCUUCCAGUCUGAAGUCAAGGAUAAAGAACUGAAGUUGGAGCAGCUUAGUUCCAAAAUUUCAGAUCUCAAAGAACUUACCCAUAGUCAAGAGCCUCCUGCAGAUCUCCAGUUCAUCGAAUCAGAUUUGAGGCAGAAGUUGGAACAUGCCAAAGAAAUGUCAGAGACAGCAAAAGAGACACUGAAAGAUUUCAGUACUCAGAAGAUGCAGUUACAGAAGUCUAUUGAUCAGAUGACAGACUGGUUAACGAAAGUGGAAGAGACUCUCUUAAGCUGUGCACGUAACCUGGAUCCUGAAGCUCUAAAUAAAGUGAAGGAAACACAAAAAGACCUUCAGCAUCAGCAGAGCAGCAUUGACUCAGUCCGUGAGAACCUCAACAGCUUGUGUCGCAAAUACCAUUCUGUAGAGCUGGAAGCUCUUGGUGGCACUGUCACUUCAUUAAUAAAGAAGUAUGAAGCUGUGAAUCUGCUGUGUUCCAGAACACAGGCCAGCAUGCAAGAGUCCUUGGAAAAACAUUUCCUCCAUUCUAUGGAAGAAUUCCAGGAAUGGUUUUCUGGUGUGAAGGCUGCAGUAAAAGAAUCAUCUGACAGGUCUGGAGACAGCAAAGCCAUAGAGGCAAAGCUACAUGACUUGCAGAGCGUGCUGGAUUCUGUAAGCGAGGGACGUAACAAGUUAGAUGCUGCAUGCAAGGAAGGAGAAAGUUUGUAUGCUUGCUUACCCAAACCAGUUGUAAGCCAUAUUCAGGAGCAAAUAGCAAAGUCUAACCAGAACUUCCAGGAAUUCCUCAACCAGUGUCUGAAUGAUAAGACGGCCCUGGAAGCUUGUGCCUCACACCUGGGAAGCUUUGAAGAUCAGCACAAGAAACUUGGCCUGUGGAUACAUGACAUGGAAGAAAGAAUAAAGACAGAAGCAUUAGGAGAGUGCAAACAGCUUAUUCCUGAGAAGAAAAAGGAGGUACAGAAAUUGGAAAAGUUCUUGGAAGAGUUACUGAAUUCAAGGGCAUCUUUUGAUAAGCUGUCCCAAAUGGCACAGGCUUUAAGUGAAGAAGGACAUGGUGCUGGGAGAGAAGUGCGUCUGGCCUCUCAACAUCUCACUAGUUAUCAAAAUAUGGUCAAAACUGUCAAGGAGAAGCUACGAACAUGUCAGCUUGCACUCCAAGAGCAUCUCACUUUGGAGGAGGCAUUACAGACUAUGUGGUCAUGGGUGAAAGAGGUUCAAGAUAAACUGGCGUCAUCAGAGAGCACAGUUGGUAGCAAAGCCACACUAGAGAGACGACUGACACAAAUUCAGGAGAUCCUCUUACUCAAAGGUGAUGGUGAAGUUAAACUGAACAUGGCCAUUGGCAAAGGAGAGCAAGCACUUAGAAGCAGCAAUGAGGAAGGACAAAAGGUGAUACAAACGGAGCUUCAGACGCUGAAGGACGUGUGGAAUGGCAUCAUCAGCACAUCAGUGAACUGGCAGAGCUGCCUAGAGUCUGUCAUUAGCCAGUGGAAUGAAUAUCUGGAAAGGAAAAACCAGCUGGAGCAGUGGUUAGAGAAACUGGAUCACAAAGUGGAACAGCCUUUAGAACCACAGAUGGGUCUGAAGGAGAAGUUUGCUCAGCUGGACCACUUCCAGGCUAUUGUUUCUGAGAUAGAGGAUCACUCUGGUGAUUUACAGCAACUCAUUGAAAAAGCUGUGGAACUGUAUGAAAAAACAGAGGAUGAUUCUUUUGGAGAAGCAGCUCAAGAAGAACUAAAAACACAGUUUAAUGACAUCACAACUGUAGCCAAGGAGAAAAUGAGGAAAGUGGAAGAUAUUGUGAAGGAUCAUUUGCUAUACCUUGAUGCUGUGCAUGAAUUCACAGACUGGCUCCAUUCCGCAAAGGAAGAGCUGCAUCGCUGGUCAGAUACAUCUGGAGAUACACCAACCAUACAGAAAAAGCUGGCCAAAAUUGAUGAGCUGGUGGAGUCCCGGCAGAUCGGGGCGGGCCGGCUGGGCCGAGUGGAGACGCUGGCUCCCGGCGCGGAGCGCGGCACGGCCGCCGGCGGCUGCCAGCUGCUGGCCGCCGAGAUGCGGGCCCUGCGGUCGGACUGGAAGCAGUGGGAAGAGAGCGCCUUCCGGAGCCAGAGCAGCCUGCGGGACGUGCUGAGCCAGAUGGCCCUGUCGGAGCAGGAGUUCGCGGCGCAGGUCGCCCAGCUGGAGGAGGCCGCGCAGCGGCUCGGGGGGCUGCUGGCCGCCUGGUCGCAGAGCCUGGUCCCCCUCGACAGCCGGCUCACCGACGCCGAGGUCGUGGAAAGCUGGCGCAAGGAGAAAGAAACAUUGGAUGCUUUGGUAAAGUCUGAACAUAUGACAGAUGAGAUCAAAACUCAGUUAAAUGAUCUUUGUAGAUUUUCCAGAGAUUUGAGUACUCAUUCUUCAAAAGUUUCAGGGUUGAUUAAGGAGUAUAACAGCCUCUGCCUGCAAGCUUCAAAAGGAUGUCAAAGCAAAGAGCAGAUCUUGCAGCAAAGAUUCCGGACGGCUUUCAGGGACUUCCAGCAGUGGCUGGUCAAUGCAAAAGUCACCACAGCCAAAUGCUUUGAUGUGCCUCAAAAUAUCAGCGAAGCUUCAGCAAGUCUGCAGAAAAUACAGGAAUUCUUAUCGGAAAGUGAGACUGGGCAACAAAAACUAAACCUGGUAGCAUCCAAAGGAGAACUGCUAUGCUCUGUUUUACCAAAGGAAAAGGCUAAAGUUAUCCAGGACAAAUCCUCUACCGCUAAAGAAGAUUGGAAAAGUUUUAUCACUACCCUCCACCGGAAGGAAUCUGCAUUGGAGAACUUAAAGAUCCAGAUGAAAGACUUUGAAGCAACGGCCGAGCCUCUGCAGGAGUGGCUGACCACAACUGAGAGGGUAGUACAAGGAAGCAGCAGUCGGCUCCAUGAUCUUCCUUCCAAGAGGAGAGAACAGCAAAAGUUGCAGUCUGUCCUUGAGGAAAUAAGCUGCCACGAGCAUCAGCUCAACAGGCUAAAAGAGAAAGCUCAGCAGCUGUGGGAAGAGCAAGCUGUCAGCAAAAGCUUUAUGCGCAGAGUGUCUCAGUUGUCCUCUCAAUAUCUUACUCUAAGCAAUCUGACAAAGGAGAAAGUUUCCAGAAUGGAUAGGGUUGUAGCAGAGCACCAGCAGUUCUCGCACAGUGUCAAGGACCUCCAAGAUUGGGUGGCUGAUGCAGUUCACAUGCUGGAUUCCUAUUGUCAUCCCACUGCAGACAAGAGUGUUCUGGACAGCCGGAUGUUAAAGCUAGAGGCAUUGCUAGCAGUGAAACAAGAAAAAGAAAUCCAAAUGAAAAUGGUUCUGACAAGAGGAGAAUCUGUUCUGCAAAAUACUUCUCUGGAGGGACUACCAGUGAUUGAACGGCAGUUGCAAACCCUGAAGGACAACUGGGCUUCCCUUCUGUCUGCUUGUAUCCAGUGCAAGAGUCAACUGGAAGGAGCUCUCUCCAAAUGGACAAGUUACCAGGAUGAUGUUCGUCAGUUUUCCAGCUGGAUGGAUAAAGUAGAAGCAAGUAUGAAUGCUUCUGAAAGGCAAUAUGCUGAACUGAGGGAAAAAACAGCUGCCCUCAGCAAAGCAAAGCUACUCAGUGAAGAGGUGUUGAGUCACAGCAGCCUGUUGGAGACAAUUGAAGUGAAAGGAAGUGGGAUGGCUGAACAUUAUGUCACUCAGCUUGAACUCCAGGACCUUCAGGAGCGGUAUAAGUUCCUCAAAGACAGAACGAGGGAGGCAGUAAUAAAAGCUGAAGGACUGCUUAACUUACAUCAAGACUACCAAAGAAAUCUGAAGACCUUUGAAGUAUGGCUGGAGAAGGAACAGGAAAAACUUGACUGUUUAUCGCAUCUUGAUGGUGAUGCCCAGAAGCAGGAGGCAACACUCCGAGACUUACAAGAGCUGCAGGUCCACUGUGCAGAAGGACAAGCAUUACUGAAUGCUGCUGUCCAUGCCAGAGAGGAGGUGAUUCCCUGGGGCAUUCCCCAGAUAGAAGACCGAGCCCUGGAAUCCUUACGGCAGGAUUGGCAAGUUUAUCAGCACAGACUUUCUGAAGCAAGAAGCCAAUUAAAUGCCACUGUGAGCAGACUGCGGUUAAUGGAGAAAAAAUUUCAGAAGGUUAAUGGCUGGCUAACAGGUCUGGAGGAGAAAGUUGCUAUCAGGACUGGGAGGCAGUCUGGUAGAGCAACAAAGGAAGUGCAGCUUCAACAAAUGAAGAAGUGGCAUGAAGAAAUUACAAUCUACAAAGAUGACGUCGAGGAAGUUGGGGUACUGGCUCAGCAAAUACUAGAGGAAAGUCUCACUGCAAGUACAAUGGGAAGCCAGGCUACACAGCUGACAUCUCGCUACCAAACUCUUCUUCUUCAUGUCUUGGAGCAAAUAAAGUUUCUGGAAGAAGAAAUACGCUGUAUGGAGGAGUCAGAAUUGGCUUUUAGCGCUUACACAAAUUGGUACGGAGCUACCAACAAGAACUUCAGAAACGUGAUCACCAAGUUUGACGUGGUUGACAAAACAGCAAUGGAGAAAAAAGUGCAAAAACUAGAGUUGCUAUUGAGUGACAUGGACAUAGGCCAUAGUUUACUGAAAUCUGCCCGUGAGAAGGGGGAGCGAGCUAUAAAGUACAUGGAAGAAAAUGAAGUUGGCCAGUUAAGAAAAGAAAUUGGGGACCAUGUGGAACAGCUUGAAGAGCUGGCUGGCUCCAUCAGGAAAGAGCACAUGACUUCAGAGAAAUGCCUUCAGCUGGCAAAGGAGUUCUCAGACAAGUACAAGGCACAGACUCAGUGGGUCAUGGAAUACCAAGCCAUAUUACAUGCUCCAGCGGAGCCAAAGAGCGAACUUUAUGAGAAGAAGGCCCAGUUGUCCAAAUACAAGUCCAUACAGCAGACUGUUCUGUCCCAUGAGCCUUCAAUAAAAUCAGUGAUUGAAAAGGGAGAAGCACUUUUUGAUCUGGUGAAUGACGUGACUCUCAAGAACAACAUUCAAGACCUUCAGAGCAGUUACCAGGAACUCUGCAGCACAGCAAAGGCAUACGUUGAAACCUUAGAAGUGAGAGUAAAAGAACACGAGGACUACAAUAGUGAUUUGCAAGAAGGGGAGAAAUGGUUAUUACAUAUGUCCAGCAGGCUGGUCAGCCCUGAUCUCAUGGAGAGUAACAAUCUUGAAUUAAUCACUCAGCAACUAGCUAACCACAAGGCUAUCAUGGAAGAAAUUGCAGGAUUUGAAGAUCGUUUGAACAACCUUAAGAGUAAAGGCGACUACUUGAUCAAUCAAUGCACUGAACACCUUCAAGCAAAAUUUAAGCAAAACAUACAAACCCAUCUUCAGGGAACAAAGGACAGCUAUUCUGCCAUAUGUAGCACAGCCCAAAGAGUGUACCAGAGUUUGGAACAUGAACUCCAGAAGCACGUUAAUCAUCAGGAUACCCUACAACAGUGCCAGACUUGGCUGUCUACAGUGCAGUCAGAGCUAAAGCCAACUACCUGGCCACCUUUCAGUCUGGCAGAUGCAGUUAAACAGGUGAAACAUUUCCGGGCUCUGCAGGAGCAGGCCAAUACAUACUUGGAUCUUCUGUGCUCCAUGUGUGAUUUGUCGGAUGCCACAGUGAAGAGUACAGCAACAGAUAUUCAGCACACAAAACAAACGAUUGAGCAACAGAUAAUGCACGCACAGUAUUUGGCUCAAGGUUGGGAAGAGAUCAAACAAAUGAAGGCUGAGCUCUGGAUAUAUUUCCAGGAUGCAGAUCAACAACUACAGAAUUUGAAAAGGAGACGGGCAGAGUUGGAGCUAAACAUUGCCCAGAAUAUGGUACUCCAGGUUAAGGAGUUCAGUCAGAAGUUGCAGUCUAAGCAGUCAGCUCUUACCUCUGUGACUGAGAAGAUGAACAAACUAACCCAAGGACAGGAAUCACCUGAACACAAGGAAAUAGGAGAGCUGAGCAACCAGUGGCUGGACCUCUGCCUUCAGGCACACAGUUUGCUCAUACAGAGGGAGGAGGAUCUGCAGAGGACGGGGGUUUAUCAUGAUCGCAUGAAUGUAGUUGAAGUUUUCUUGGAAAAGCUCACAAAAGAGUGGGACAACCUGGCUAGAUCUGAUGCUGAAAGUACAAACGUGCACCUUGAAGCUUUGCAAAAAUUGGCACUGGCACUACAGGAAAGGAGAUUUGCUCUGGAAGAUUUGAAAGAUCAGAAACAGAAGAUGAUAGAACAUCUGAAUCUUGAUGACAAAGAAUUAGUAAAGGAGCAAUUUGGUCAUUUUGAGCAACGCUGGACUCAGCUAGAGGACCUUGUCAAAAGGAAAAUUCAAGUUUCUGUUUCAACUUUAGAAGAGCUCAGUUUGGUGCAUUCCAAAUUUCAGGAGCUAAUGGAAUGGGCAGAGGAGCAGCAGCCUAGUAUCUCAGAGGCUCUUAAACAGAGUCCUCCUCCAGAUUUGGCUCAGAGUCUUCUCAUGGAUCAUCUUACCAUUUGCAGUGAGCUUGAAGCCAAACAGCUUGUUCUGAAGACGCUUGUGAAGGAUGCUGACAGGGUGAUGACCAACCUAGGACUCAAUGAAAGGCAGGAGCUGCAGAAAGCACUUUCUGAUGCACAGCACCAUGUAGAGUGUCUCAGCGAUCUGGUUGUCCAGAGGAGAAAACACCUGAAUAAAGCACUGUCUGAAAAGACACAGUUUCUUAUGGCAGUCUUUCAGGCUACAAAUCAAAUUCACCAGCAUGAGAAGAAGGUAAUAUUUCCAGAACACAUUUGUCUGUUGCCAGAAGAUGUGAACAAACAGAUUAGGACUUGUAAAAAUGCCCAGGCUAACCUGAAGGCCUAUCAAAAUGAAGUCACAGGGUUGUGGGCUCAAGGAAGGGAUUUGAUGAAAGAAGCAACAGAACAAGAAAAGAGUGAAGUGUUAGGUAAACUUCAAGAACUACAGAAUGUGUAUGACACUGUUUUACAAAAGUGUAACCAGAGAUUGUUAGAACUAGAGAAAAAUAUAGUUUCCAGGAAAUAUUUCAAAGAAGACUUGGAUAAAGCUUGCCAUUGGCUAAAACAAGCUGAUAUCGUCACGUUCCCAGAAGUCAAUGUAAUGAAUAGUAACUCUGAACUGUACACACAGUUGGCAAAAUAUCAACAGAUUCUUGAGCAAUCUCCAGAAUAUGAAAAUCUGUUACUUGCACUGCAAAGAGAUGGCCAAGAAAUCCUACCGUCACUUAAUGAAGUGGAUCAUUCUUAUCUAGAUGAAAAACUUAACACUCUCCCUCAGCAGUUCAAUAUUGUCACUGCUCUGGCAAAAGAAAAAUUAUAUAAGGUUCAGGAAGCAAUUUAUGCCAGAAAAGAGUAUGCCUCUCUGAUUGAGUUGACAAGUAAAGCUCUGACUGAGCUAGAAGAUCAGUUUAUUAACAUGGACAAAGCUCCAGCUGCUGUUUUAGCCAAAGAAGCUGUGUCACUCCAGCAGGCCUACAGAGACCUUCUAGGUGAAGUGAUGAGCCUUGGUGGGGCAGUGGAUGAACUAAACCAGAAGAAGGAGGCCUUUCGAAGCACUGGACAGCCAUGGCAACCAGAUGAGAUGUUAAAACUUGUCACGUUAUAUCACAAGUUGAAGAGGCAAAUAGAACAGAAAAUCAACCUGUUGGAAGACACAAUAGAAGCAUGCCAGGAGCAUGAGAAAAUGUGUAUGCAGUUUGAGGCACAAUUGCAGGCAGUGAAGAAGGAGCAGAUUAAGGUAAAUGAAGAAACUCUCCCAAUAGAAGAAAAGCUGAAAAUAUACCAUUCUCUGGUGGGCAGCUUGCAAGACUCAGGGAGUCUUCUGAAGCGAAUAACUGAGCAUCUAGAAGCCCUUUCUCCUCAGCUUGACUCAUCUGCAUGUGAGACAGCAAAUCACCAAGUGCAGUCUUGGCAAGAGAAACUAAAGUCCUUGCAUGCUGCCAUUGGUGACACCGUGAUGGACUGCGAGAACAGGCUUGUGCAAAGUAUAGACUUCCAGACAGAAAUCUGCCGCUCACUUGACUGGUUGAGGUGGGUGAAAACAGAACUUAAUGGAACGUUAAGUUUGGACCUCAAACUGCAAAGCAUCCAAGAAGAAAUCCGAAAGGUUCAGAUACAUCAGGAAGAAGUGCAGUCAAGCCUGAGAAUAAUGAAUGCACUGAGCAAUAAAGAGAAAGAGAAAUAUAUGAAAGCAAAGGAGCUGAUACCUGCUGACCUGGAAAACACUCUUGCUGAGCUGACAGAACUAGAUGGUGAAGUUCAAGAAGCUAUACACAUGAGACAGGCUACCUUGAAUAAAUUAUAUAGCCUCUGCCAAAGAUACUACCAAGUGAUGCAGAUAGCAAAUGACUGGCUUGAAGAUGCUCAGGAAUUUCUACAGUUAGCAAGAAAUGGCCUUGAUGUUGAGAACUCUGAGGAGAACCUAAGGAACCACAUUGAAUUUUUCAGCACAGAAAGUCAGUUCAGUGAUCAUUUGAAGGAGUUACAGGGACUUGUGUCUGAGAUAGAGCCCUUUGUCCAAGCCACCGCAAGAGAGCAGCUGAUGCAGGAUCUAGCUGCAUUGGAGGAAAAGGCCAAAGGGACAAAGCAAGAAGCCAAAACCCAGCAAGAGCAGUUGCAAAGGUGUGCUUCUGAGUGGCAGGAGUACCAGACAGCAAGACAGAAGGUUAUAGAAGUGAUGAAUGAGGCUGAGAAAAAGUUAUCUGAAUUUUCAGUAGCUAAAGCUGCUUCUUCUCAUGAAGCAGAAGAGAAAUUGCUAACACAUAAGACUCUUGUGUCUGUAGUGAAUUCUUUCCAUGAGAAGAUCACAGCCCUAGAACAAAAGGCUUCACAGCUGGAAAAAGUUAGCAAUGAUGCCAGUAAGGCAACUAUAAGUAGAUCCAUGACAACAGUUUGGCAGCGCUGGACACGGCUCCGGAAUGUAGCCCAAGAACAAGAGAAAAUUUUGGAAGAUGCAGUGCAGGAAUGGAAGGGCUUUAAUGAUAAGAUUCAGAAAGCCACCAUAGAAAUAGAUCAGCUACAAGGUCGCUUACCAGAAAGCUCAGUGGAAAAGGCAACUAAGACAGAGCUUCUGGAACUCCUGGAUUACCACAGCAGUUUCCUUCUGGAAGUGGAGCCCCAGCUGUCAUCUUUGGGCCUGCUCAAACAGCAUGCUGUCAGCAUGCUUCAGGAUGUGGAAAUAAAGCCUCUGUCUCAGGAGGAGCUACCAGUCAUGCAAGAAAUCAAAGCAAUGCAAGAUCGAUGUCACAAUAUGCAACAGAAAGUGAAAAAAGGUGUGAAGAUGGUGAAACAGGAGCUGAAGGAGCGUGAGGAGGUUGAAGCAGAUAUUAAUGUUGUGAAGUCCUGGAUCCAGGAAACAAAGGAAUAUUUAUUAAGUCCUGAUGUAGAAGUGGAUACUCAACUUCAGGAGUUGCAGUCUCUCCUUGGUGAAGUAACUACUCAUCGUCAGGCUGUUGAAAAAAUGGCUGAACAACAACAGAAUAAGUACUUGGGGCUUUAUACCAUUUUGCCUUCUGAACUCUCUCUUCAUUUAGCAGAAGUUGGGCUGGCCCUUGUAAAUGUACAAGAUCAGAUUCAAACCAAAGAAAGAGAAACUCAGCAGAUCAAAACAUUGAAUCAAGAUUUUGGUCAGAAAAUCCAGGGGAUAGCAAAUGAACUAAAUGCCAUUCUUUCCAAACUGAAAAAGAAAACAAAUGAUUUAGCACAAGCUAAACUUGAACAAAAGAUCCUUGGUGAAGAGUUGGACAGCUGCAAUAUAAAGCUGUUGGAAUUAGAUGCAUCGGUCCAGGACUUUGCAGAGCAGAACGGAUCACUGGCUAAGCAGCUGGCUAGCAGGAUAGGGAAACUCACUGCAUUGCACCAACAGACUAUACAGCAGGCUGAGUACAGAGCAGCCAAGCUCAGUCAGGCUGCUUCACACUUGGAAGAAUACAAUGAGAUGCUGGAGUUCAUUUUGAAAUGGAUCGAGAAAGCAAAUAUCCUAGUGCACGGUAGUAUAACGUGGAAUUCUUCCUCUCAGCUUCGUGAUCAGGUUAAAGCCUACCAGACUAUGCUUGAUGAGUCUGGAGAGAUUCAUAGUGAUCUUGAGGCCAUGACUGAGAGGAUUGAGUAUCUGGCAAGUGUAUACUCUACUGAAGGAAUGUCACAGCAAGUGCUGGAACUGGGGCGGCGGACAGAGGAAUUACAGCAAGUUAUUAAAGUGCGGCUACCAAAUCUCCAAGAUGCUGCCAAGGACAUGAAGAAAUUUGAAGUUGAGCUGAAAGCCCUGCAGGCUGCUCUGGAGCAAGCCCAAGCCACGCUGACCUCUCCAGAGCUUGGGCAUUUGAGCUUGAAAGAGCAACUUUCUCACAGACAGCAUCUGUUGUCUGAAAUGGAGUCACUGAAGCCAAAAGUUCACGCGGUGCAAGUCUGUCAGAGCGCCCUGAGGAUUCCUGAAGAGGCGGUGGCCAGCCUGCCGAUGUGCCGCAGCGCUCUGCGGCUCCAGGAGGAGGCCAGCCGCCUGCAGCACACGGCCAUUCAGCAGUGCAACAUCAUGCAGGAAGCAGUGGUUCAGUAUGAGCAAUAUGAGCAAGAAAUGAAACAUUUACAGCAAAUGAUAGAGAGCGCCCAUCGUGAGAUCCAAGACAAACCAAUUGCAACUGGCAACAUCCAGGAGCUCCAGGUCCAGAUUUCACGUCAUGAGGAGCUGGCUCAGAAGAUCAAGGGAUACCAGGAGCAAAUCGCUUCUUUGAAUUCGAAGUGCAAGAUGCUGACGAUGAAAGCAAAACAUGCCACCAUGCUGCUGACAGUGACAGAAGUGGAGGGGCUCUCAGAAGGAAUGGAGGAACUGGAUUCAGACCUUCCAGCACACCCUGCUCAUCCCUCGGUGGUUAUGAUGACUGCUGGUCGCUGUCACACGCUGCUCUCCCCUGUCACUGAGGAGUCUGGGGAGGAGGGAACCAACAGUGAGAUUUCUUCUCCACCUGCCUGUCGCUCUCCCUCACCUGUGGCUAAUACAGAUGCUUCUGUUAACCAGGACAUUGCUUAUUACCAAGCCUUAUCUGCUGAACAGUUGGCCUUAUCUGCUGAACAGCUGCAGACAGAAGCUGCUAAAAUUCAACCCAGCACUUCAGCCACCCAGGAGUUUUAUGAACCAGGCUUAGAAUCAGCUGCUAGUGCCAAAUUGGAUGAUUUGCAACGUUCUUGGGAAACACUGAAAAAUGUGAUCAGUGAAAAGCAGCGCACCCUCUAUGAAGCUCUUGAGCGUCAACAGAAAUAUCAAGACACACUCCAGUCUAUAUCCACAAAAAUGGAGACCAUUGAGGUCAAACUAAAUGAGAGUCUGGAACCAGCCAAAAGCCCGGAGAGCCAGAUGGCUGAACAUCAGGCUUUGAUGGAUGAGAUUUUAAUGUUACAAGAAGAAAUCACUGAUCUUCAGACCUCAUUAGCCCAGGAGCUGGUUUCAGAACCACUGGAUGCAGAAGCUGCUGAUCAGCUGGCAUUGCAGUCCACUCUCAUGGUCUUGGCAGAACGGAUGGCCACAAUUCGAAUGAAGGCAUCAGGAAAAAGACAGCUAUUAGAGGAAAAACUGAAUGAGCAGCUGGAAGAACAGCGGCAAGAGCAGGCUCUUCAAAGGUACCGUUGUGAAGCUGAUGAGCUUGACCACUGGUUACUCAAUACCCGAGCAACGCUGGACACGGCUCUGGUCACAGCUGAGGAACCUAUGGACAUGGAAGCACAGCUGGUAGACUGUCAGAACAUGCUGGUUGAAAUAGAGCAGAAAGUGGUAGCCUUGUCAGAGUUAUCUGUGCACAACGAGAACUUGCUUAUGGAAGGGAAGGCUCACACCAAGGACGAGGCAGAGCAGCUGGCUGUGAAGCUCAGGACACUGAAGGGCAGCCUUCUGGAGCUGCAGAGAGUGCUCCAUGACAAACAGAUCAACAUUCGGCAGGGAUCGUUACAAGAAAAGGAGGAGAGUGAUCUGGACUUCAUUUCCUCACAAAGCCCCAGUGUCCAAGAAUGGCUGGCACAAGCAAGAACCACUCGCUCACAGCAGCAGCAGAGCACCCUGCAGCAACAGAAAGAGCUGGAAAAAGAGCUAGAAGAGCAGAAGAAUCUGCUUCGGUCAGUAAAAUGCCGUGGAGAAGAAAUCCUAACACAGCACAGUGUUCCAGAAGGCCUGUGUAUAAGUGAGAAGCCUGAUACACUCUCAGAGGAAUUAGGCUUGGAAGGUGAGAAGCCAUCAUCUGAAGAACAGAUGAAGAUGAAAUGGGAAAGCCUGAACCAGGAAUUCAAUACCAAGCAGACACUGCUCCAGAAAGCUUUGGAACAAGAACAGCUGCAGCUGUAUAGCAGACCAAACCGACUGCUAUCUGGAAUGCCUUUGUAUAAGGAGGAAGGACAGGAUGAGGAUAAAUCCUCAGUGUCACCGGUAUUGGUUGAAUUGAAUCAGACCUUUGAAGAUGUGUCAUCUGAGGCUGGACGGGUGGAGGAGAGCCUGCAUCUUGAACAGAAGCUGUAUGAUGGUGUUGCAGCCACCUCCUUGUGGCUAGAUGGUGUUGAAGAGCAGGUCUUUGUUGAUACAGCUCUGUUGCCAGAGGAAGAAACAGAAACAUAUCUCUGCAAGCAAGAGUCUCUUGCCAAAGAAAUCAAGGAGGUAACGGAAGAAAUGGAUAAGAACAAGAGUUUAUUUGCUCAGAAAUUUCCUGAGAAUGGUGAUAAUAAGGGUAUUAUAGAAGACACUUUGGAUUGUCUCCUGAGAAGGCUGAGCUUGCUGGAGUCAGUCGUAAACCAGAGGUGCCUUCAGAUGAAAGAAAAGCUCCAGCAAAUAGUGACUUUCAAGAAUGACCUGAAGCUUCUGUUUGCAUCAGUGGCUGAUAACAAAUAUUUAGUUCUACAGAAACUAGCAGAGGCAGCUGAGAGACCAGAAACAGAACAAAUGCAGGUCAUACUGCAGGCAGAAGAAGGUUUGAAGGAACUAGAUACUGGAAUCAGUGAACUAAAGAAGCUUGUAGACAAGCUACAAAUUGACCAACCUUCUAUGCAAGAGCUGUCUAAGAUCCAGGAUAUGUAUGAUGAGCUGAUGAUGAUCAUUGGAUCCAGACGGAGUGACCUGAAUCAGAAUCUGGCUCUUAAGAGGCAGUAUGAACGGGCUUUACAGGACCUGGCUGACCUGUUGGAAACAGGACAAGAAAAGAUGGCUGGUGACCAGAAAAUGAUUGUUGCUUCUAAGGAAGAGGUUCAAUCACUACUUGACAAACAUAAGGAAUAUUUUCAGGGGUUGGAGUCUCAUAUGAUCCUGACGGAAACGCUCUUCAGAAAAAUGAGUAGCUUUGCCCUCUUGAAGGAAACUCAGUCACAUUCAGACCUAACGACUCAAGCUUCUGCUGUAUUAAAGCUGGCUCAUAAACGAGGUGUGGAGCUGGAAUACAUUCUAGAGACCUGGAUGCGUCUGGAUGAAGAUUACCAGGAACUUACCAGACAGCUGGAAUCUGUCGAAAGUAGCAUCCCCAUGGUUGGUUUGGUGGAAGAGACGGAGGACAGGCUUACAGAACGGAUUAUGCUUUUUCAGCGUCUGCGAUCUAACCUGACUGAAUACCAACCUAAAUUAUACCAAGUGCUAGAUGAUGGGAAAAGGCUCCUUUUUUCUGUUAGCUGCUCAGAUCUCGAAAGUCAACUGAACCAACUAGGAGAACACUGGUUAAGUAACUCCAGCAAGGUUAACAAGGAGCUUCACAGGCUGGAGACAAUACUGAAGCACUGGACAAGAUAUCAGAGUGAAUCAAGUGAACUGACACAUUGGUUACAGUCUGCAAAGGAGCGACUGGAGUUUUGGAGCCAACAGUCUUUGACAGUUCCUCAGGAACUGGAAACAGUCCGAGACCACCUGAAUUCCUUUUUGGAGUUUUCAAAAGAGGUGGAUGCUAAAUCAUCACAGAAGUCUUCUGUCCUGAAUACUGGGAACCAGCUCCUCAGGCUGAAGAAGGUGGAUACAGCAGCAUUGCGUGCGGGAUUGUCCCACAUUGACAGCCAGUGGACAGAGCUGCUCACACAAAUCCCAGCAGUACAAGAGAAAUUGCACCAGCUCCAGAUGGACAAAAUUCCUUCUCGCCAUGCUAUCACUGAAGUUAUGAGCUGGAUUUCCCUGAUGGAAAAUGUCAUUCAGCAGGAUGAAGAGAACAUAAAAAAUGUAGUAGGACAGAAAGUCAUUCAGGAUUACGUCAAGAAGUACAAGGGUUUCAAGAUAGAUUUAAAUUGCAAACAGUUGACGGUUGACUUCGUGAACCAAUCAGUGCUACAAAUUAGCAGCCAGGAUGUUGAAAGUAAACGUAGCGACAAAACUGAUUUUGCAGAACAGCUUGGAGCAAUGAACAGACGUUGGCAAAUCCUGCAAGGCCUGAUAACGGAAAAGAUCCAGCUAUUGGAAAGUCUGCAGGAAUCAUGGACAGAAUAUGAAAAUAAUGUGCAGUGCCUAAAAACUUGGUUUGAAACCCAAGAGAAGAAGCUGAAACAGCAACAGAAAAUUGGAGACCAGGCUUCAGUACAGAAUGCUUUGAAAGACUGUCAGGAAUUAGAAGAAUCAAUAAGAACAAAAGAAAAAGAAGUUGAAAAUGUAGAACAGAGUGGUCUGUCUUUGAUUCAGAACAAGAAGGAAGAAGUCUCUUCUGCUGUUAUGAGUACAUUGCAAGAAAUUAACCAUUCCUGGGCCAAUUUGGAUCACAUGGUUAGCCAACUGAAGAUAUUGUUGCAAUCUGUUCUUGAUCAGUGGAGCAUUUACAAGGUGGCUUAUGAAGAACUGAAUAGUUACCUGACAGAAGCCAGAUACUCUUUGUCCCGUUUUUAUCUUCUUACUGGUUCUUUGGAAGCUGUGAAAGUCCAAGUUGAUAACCUUCAGAGCCUACAAGAUGAAUUGGAAAAGCAAGAAAAUAGCUUACAGAAAUUUGGUUCUGUGACCAAUCAAUUGUUGAAAGAAUGUCACCCACCAGUGACUGAAACACUUACCAACACUUUGAAAGAAGUGAAUAUGAGGUGGAACAACCUUCUGCAGGAGAUUGCGGAGCGGCUGCGUGCCAGUAAGAGCCUCCUGCAGCUGUGGCAGAGGUACAAGGAGUGUUACCAGCAGUGCUCUUCCACAGUCCGUCAGCGGGAGGACCAGACCAAUGAACUCCUGAAGACUGCCACCAGCAAGGACAUUGCUGAUGAUGAAGUUACUACUUGGAUUCAGGACUGCAAUGAUGUACUCACGGAUUUGAAGACAGCACAGGAGUCGCUGGUAGUUCUUCAAGAACUGGGAGAGGAGCUGAAAAGUCAGGUGGAGGCUUCAGCAGCAGCAGCUAUACAGUCUGAUCAUCUUUCUCUGAACCAGAAUCUGUCAACCCUAGAACAGGCGCUCCGCAAGCAACAGGCUGUACUUCAGGCUGGAGUGCUGGACUAUCAGACCUUUGCUAAGAACCUGCAAGUCCUUGAGGCCUGGAUAACAGAAGCAGAAGAAAUAUUGAAAGGACAGGAUCCCAGUCAUUCAUCUGACCUCUCAGCAAUACAGAGCAGAAUGGAGGAACUCAAGAGUCAGAUGUUGAAAUUCAGCAGUAUGACCCCAGAUUUGGACCGUCUUAAUGAGCUGGGUUACAGGCUUCCUCUGAAUGACAAAGAAAUCAAAAGGAUGCAGAACCUGAACAGACAUUGGUCUCUGAUCUCAUCUCAGACUACGGAGAGAUUCAGUAAACUGCAGUCUUUCUUGCUGCAGCAGCAGACCUUCUUGGAGAAAUGUGAGACUUGGAUGGAUUUAUUAGUUCAGACUGAGCAGAAGCUGGCAGCAGAGGUUUCAGGAAACUACCAGAGCCUUUUAGAACAACAGAGGGCACAUGAGCUAUUCCAGGCAGAGAUGUUCAGCCGCCAGCAAAUUUUGCAUUCAAUUAUCUCUGAUGGGCAGCACCUCAUAGAACAAGGACAGGUGGAUGACAGGGAUGAAUUUAAUCUGAAGCUGACUCUUCUAAGUAAUCAAUGGCAAGGAGUAAUUCGCCGGGCACAACAGAGGAGGGGGAUCAUUGACAGCCAGAUUCACCAGUGGCAACGCUAUAGGGAGAUGGCAGAGAAGCUGCGCAAAUGGCUGGUGGAAAUAUCCUGUCAGCCAGUGGGUGGUCUGGGCAACAUUCCUAUCCCAUUGCAGCAAGCCAGAGCACUACUGGAUGAAGUGCAGCUUAAAGAGAAAGUUCUCCUAAGGCAGCAAGGGAGUUACAUCGUCACUGUGGAAGCUGGGAAGCAACUGCUGCUCUCUGCUGACAGUGGAGCUGAGGCAGCCCUGCAGACAGAGCUCACUGAAAUUCAGGAGCGCUGGAAGAUAGCUAGCACUCAACUGGAGCAACAAAAGAAACAACUUGCUUUACUUCUGAAAGACUGGGAAAAAUCUGAAAAGGGUAUAGGAGACUCCCUGGAGAAGCUAAGAUCAUUCAAAAAAAAGCUUUCUCAGCCUUUGCCAGAACACCAUGAUGAGCUGCACGCAGAGCAGAUUCGAUGCAAGGAGUUAGAGAAUGCUGUUGAAGGAUGGACAGAUGACCUUGCACACCUCUCUCUGCUGAAGGAGACCCUGUCUGCGUAUAUCAGUGCAGACGAUAUCUCAAUCCUCAGUGAGCGCAUAGAGCUUCUGCACAGACAGUGGGAGGAGCUGUGCCACCAGGUCUCCUUACGUCGACAACAAGUUAGUGAGAGACUGAAUGAGUGGGCUGUCUUCAGUGAGAAGAACAAGGAGCUCUGUGAAUGGCUGACACAAAUGGAAAGUAAGGUUUCUCAAAAUGGCGACAUCCUCAUAGAAGAAAUGAUUGAGAAACUUAAAAAGGAUUAUCAAGAGGAAAUUGCUGUAGCCCAGAAGAACAAGAUCCAGCUCCAGCAAAUGGGAGAGCGACUAGCAAAAGCUAGUCAGGAGAGUAAGGCAUCAGAGAUUGAGUACAAACUUGGCAAGAUCAAUGACAGGUGGCAACAUCUUCUAGAUCUUAUUGCAGCCAGGGUAAAGAAGUUGAAGGAGACCCUCGUUGCAGUGCAGCAACUGGAUAAAAACAUGAGUAGCCUGAGAUCUUGGCUUGCCCACAUUGAGUCAGAGCUGUCCAAACCUAUCGUCUAUGAAACUUGUAGCUCUGAGGAGAUACAAAGGAAGCUAAAUGAACAGCAGGAACUUCAGAGGGACAUAGAGAAACACAGCACUGGAGUGGCAUCUGUUCUCAAUUUGUGUGAAGUGCUUCUUCAUGACUGUGAUGCUUGUGCCACAGAAGCAGAGUGUGACUCUAUCCAGCAGGCUACACGCAAUCUGGACAGAAGGUGGAGAAACAUCUGUGCAAUGUCAAUGGAAAGGCGACUUAAAAUUGAAGAGACGUGGCGGCUGUGGCAAAAGUUUUUGGAUGACUACUCUAGAUUUGAAGACUGGCUAAAAAUCUCUGAGAGGACAGCUGCUUUCCCGAGCUCCUCUGGUGUGCUUUACACGGUUGCUAAGGAAGAACUGAAGAAAUUCGAGGCUUUCCAGAGACAAGUGCAUGAAAGUCUCACUCAGCUGGAACUGAUCAAUAAACAGUAUCGCCGCCUGGCCCGAGAGAACCGCACUGACUCUGACUGCAGCCUCAAGCAGAUGGUUCAUGAGGGGAACCAGAGAUGGGACAACUUACAAAAGCGAGUUACCUCCAUCCUGCGCAGGCUAAAACAUUUUAUUGGCCAGCGUGAGGAGUUUGAGACAGCACGUGAUAGCAUCCUGGUAUGGCUAACAGAGAUGGACCUGCAGCUGACCAACAUUGAGCAUUUCUCAGAAUGUGAUGUCCAAGCAAAGAUAAAGCAACUUAAGGCUUUCCAGCAAGAAAUCUCACUGAACAACAGCAAAAUUGAGCAGAUAAUUGUGCAGGGCGAGCAACUCAUUGAGAAAAGUGAGCCCAUGGAUGCAGCUGUCAUUGAAGAAGAACUAGAUGAGCUGCGUCGUUACUGUCAGGAGGUCUUUGGACGUGUGGAACGUUACCACAAGAAACUUAUCCGCCUUCCUCUGACAGAUGACGAACACGACCUCUCUGACAGAGAGGUGGAUCUGGAUGAAUCAGCAGAUCUCUCUGACAUACAUUGGCAUGACAAAUCUGCGGACAGCAUUCUCUCCCCGCACCCCUCUUCCAACCUUUCGCUGCCUCUUUCCCAGCCGGUGAGAAGCGAGCGAUCAGGGCGAGAUACCCCUGCGAGCGUGGACUCCAUUCCCCUGGAGUGGGAUCAUGACUACGACCUUAGCAGAGACCUGGAGACAGCUGUUUCACGGGCACUGCACUCUGAGGAAGACGACGGAGGACAAGAGAAGGACUUCUACUUGAGAGGAGCAGCUGGUAUAGCAGAUGUAGAGAUCCCUGAAACUCUUGAGGCCUAUGUAACACUCACAGAAAACGCACUCAAAAAUAUCUCUGGAGAACCUGGUGCUCUGGAAGCACGUAUCCGACAGCUGGACAAGGCCUUAGACACCAGUCGUUUCCAAAUACAGCAAACAGAAAACAUCAUCCGCAGCAAAACACCUACAGGACCAGAGCUGGAUUCCAGUUACAAAGGAUAUAUGAAGCUACUAGGUGAGUGCAGUGGAAGCAUAGACUCAGUAAAAAGGCUUGGAUAUAAACUGAAGGAGGAAGAAGAAAAAUUAUCUGGUCUUAUUAACCUGAACAGUACUGAAACACAAACAUCUGGUGUAAUUGACCGAUGGGAAUUAAUCCAGGCUCAAGCUUUAAGCAAGGAGCUAAGGAUGAAACAGAACCUUCAGCAAUGGCAGCAGUUUAACUCUGACCUUAAUAGCAUUUGGGCUUGGUUGGGAGAAACUGAAGAGGAACUGGAGAAGCUCCGCCGCCUUGAUCUCAGCACUGACAUACAAACUAUUGAACUUAGAAUUAAAAAACUGAAAGAUCUGCAGAAGGCAAUUGAUAACCGCAAAGCGAUCAUCUUAUCCAUCAAUCUGUGCAGCUCAGAAUUCACUCAGUCUGACAGCGAAGAGAGCAAGAAGCUCCAAGAGCGCCUGUCUCAGAUGAAUGUGCGCUGGGACCACGUAUGCAGUAUGAUCGAAGAGUGGCGCUGCUCAUUGCAGGAUGCAUUAAUGCAGUGCCAGGAUUUCCACGAAAUGAGCCAUGGUUUGCUGCUUUGGUUAGAGAAUAUUGACAGAAGAAAAAAUGAGAUUGUGCCUAUCAAUCCAAACCUGGACUCGGAAACGCUGCAGGAUCAUCACAGACUUCUAAUGCAAAUCAGACGUGAACUGCUGGAGUCUCAGUUGAAGGUGGCGUCACUGCAAGAUAUGUCCUGCCAAUUGCUAGUCAAUGCUGAAGGCAAGGACUGUCUUGAAGCCAAAGAGAAGGUGCAUGUCAUCGGUAACAGACUGAAGGUCCUCUUGAAAGAGGUCACACGUCAUAUUAAAGACCUAGAGAAAAUUCUAGACAUUUCAAGUAGUCAACUGGAAUUGUCCUCAUGGUCCUCUGCUGAUGAAUUAGACACAUCGGGCUCGGUGAGUCCUGUAUCUGGAAGAAGCACUCCAAGCAGACAGAGAACGCCACGGGGCAAAUGUAGUCUCUCACAGCCUGGACCCUCUGUCAGCAGUCCACAUAGCAGGUCCACAAGAGGUGGCUCAGGUUCCUCCCCUUCUGAGGCUGGGCCAGCAUGCCAGCGCCCGUCCUUCUUCCUCAGAGUCCUCAGAGCUGCUCUGCCACUUCAGCUCCUCUUGCUGCUCCUGAUCGGGCUGGCUUGCCUGGUGCCAAUGACCAAGGAGGACUACAGCUGUACUAUGGCCAACAACUUUGCCCGCUCUUUCCACCCCAUGCUAAAAUACGUGAAUGGUCCACCUCCGUUAUGAAGGAGACUCGUGAGACAGCGGGUGACCUUGCUGGAGUGCUAGCUGAGAGGCAGGAUGGUUUUUAAAGGGUGACAGGAUUCAGUGUGGCAGCUUUACCUACCUGCUGUAACCACCGCUGCGUCCAUAUCAUUCUCUGCUGGCACUCAGCUAGUAACGCAUCAGUAUAUCGGUAUCAAACUGCACAAUGUAUUACCUGAGUAGCAUCGUUUCAAUACUCGCAUCCUGGGUACUAAGGAGGAUGUGACGUGUAUGAGGGAAAUGUCCUUCUGUCCAGCAUUCUGGAUCUUUUAGCCACUUUAUAUCCAGGUCAUUGCCCUGUACUAUGCAUAGCCAAGGACUUGAUACUGUAGAUCCUUUCCUGUGUGCUGCUCUAAAUGAGCCAUUAGCCAGUCUUUGUUAAAUACCCUCUCAGUAUCUACGGUAUACAAAAUAACCAAUGCUAAAGAAAUUUUAGAGCAUUUGUAACAUAAAAUUUUAAAGGGUCUUGUAUGGCAACGUAUUAUUCCCCGUGGUUUCUGUUUCGGGCAUGGUGUUCUAACUUUUGCUUUGGAUGCACAAGGUGUAAAUCUGAGAAGCACUUUUUUUAUGGUUUAAAAAAUGGAUGUAAUAAAUAAGAUCAUAAAAGGUUUUAUGAGGAAAAAUGUUGAAUGUCAAGUUGAAAAACAAAGGACAUAUUUAUGUAUGUACAGUUUGCUAAGCCAAGUUUUGUUUGUAUUGAUUUCUUUGCAUUUAUUAUAGAUACCAUAAAAUAUUUUGUCUACGUGCUUUUUAAUGACAACUAUGGAAACCUCUAAGUUUAGAAUGAGAUAUGUAUGGUAUAAAAAAAAUUAGAAAACGUACAUAUGCUGCACUUCUAAAAAGAAUUAAAAAAUGCUGUAACAAAUUAAUGGUAUUAGGUAUGUGUUUGAAUAAGAAGAUCUGGAAAACUUGACAAAUGGUAAAGUACAUGGGAAAGUAUCACAUUAGAAGUUGUGCUGCUAUUGAAAGCAGUCUCUAUUUUGAAUUAGUGAUUGGUCACUUCAGGUUGCUUUUUUUCUCAAGCUCUGCUUCUUGAAGUUCAUUCUCACUCGUGUAUUGUUUCUCUCUCCGUGAGUGUGUGUGUGUGUGUGUUUACGUAUGCAGUCAAGUGCAACCUUUGGCAGUUGAGAUUGUACCAGUCUGCACUGAAGCAGAUUUUUUCCUGUGGGUGUACUGGAAACUUCUCAAUAUUCUCCAUAGCAGCUUAAUACCAAGAUAGAUGUUUAUGCUUUACCAAUAGUUAGUCUAGUGGAAUAUGCCUAAAACAUAAGCAUCAUUAGGAAGAAGUUCUUUACAGUGAGGGUGGUGAGACGCUGGCACAGGUUGCCCAGAGAGGUGGUGGAGGCCCCAUCCCUGGAGACAUUCAAGGCCAGGCUUGAGGAGGCUCUGAGCAGCCUGAUCUAGCUGAAGAUGUCCCUCCUUACUGCAGGGGGGGUUGGACUCGAUGACCUUUAGAGGUCCCUUCCAACCCAACACAUUCUAUGAUUCUAAUAACAGAAAAACGUAACAAAUUGAAGACUCAUAAAUUUUUCAGAAAUAUUGCAGAAAACUUGCAGUCUGAGCAGUGGUAGACACUUUGCCCAAUUUAGCAGUCUGAACUCAACUAGUUUCAGAAUCUUUUCAAUUUUGAAAAAAAUACAGAUCAUGUCUCUAAUUUACUGCUCUUUAAUAUGUUUGGGAUUUUUUAAGCCAUGAGACACAACGUGAAUUUUUCCUGCAAGUUAAAUGUUUUUACUUAGAAUAUAUUGGCCUACCAAAUAUAAAUAAAAAAGCCAGAAGAAAAUACAAGCACAUUAAUUGCUGUUAUGUAGGAUUACUUUUCUGGGAUGUCAUCAUUUGAGCUGGUAUGAGAGGAGGGUGGUCAGAGGUAGAGUACCACAAGCUCAACUCCAGCAUUUGGAGGAGCCAAAAUAAAGUUUCCUUUCCAGGUAAGUGUAACGUUAACGUUUUCCUGAAAAGGACUUUGUAUGUCAGCAAAGUAUCUGCAAUGUCUGAGACCCAGACUUGGACUGGCAGUUUCCUUCGUUGGUAUUCAGAAUUUAUGCUAGGCUAGAUUAGUAUCCAUAAUCACUGAUUCUGAGUAGACAAAGAUAAGGAACACACUUCUGGGGUGCGAGGGUGAGCUGUUACUUGCAGCAGGCCUGACAUAAGAUUGACCCCUCCUCUCUUUUCUGAUAGUGUUCUCUUUGGUGACGUACUUUAGUCAAUGGUAAUCAGUGCACCUACGUGAAUAAUUCUGUAGUUUGUCAAACCUCUUAGUCCAGAUCUUUGCAUGCUUUAGACAUCCUUUCAUCAGCCAGUCCCUGGUUUUGGUAGUUAAUUUUUUUUGUUGAGAGAUAUUUUUGUUUUCUUUUAAAAGGAAACACUGAAAAGAGUAAAAGGACUAAUUUAGUGAGAAAUAAGGAUCUCAGCCUGACUUUGUCUCCUGUUUUCCAGCCAACUAUUGGUGAUCCUAUGGAAGAGCAGUCUGUUGACGGAACCAGGCAAAAAGUCACAGAUGAAACCUGUGUUCAUUACUUAAGUAUUUAAAAACUGAGGGAGAGGCAGGGAGGUUUGAAACAAGCUGGCCAGGGAAGGAGAGAAGUGCAAGGAAGAGAGUUCAGUUUGAAUGAUGUCAGAUGCUGUCAGAAUUAAUAAAGUACUUUAUCAAAAGUGUACAGGGUAGCAUCUAGCAUGCUUUGAAUUGCAACCUGACAUAUGAAUUUUACCAGCUAUUUUGCCACUGUGUAGCCCCUGCAUCCCUUAAUUGUUUGAAUGCCUUACCCACUUUCCUGAUGCCUAGGGAAGAAUGGCCUGUCUUCUGCAGAAGGAAAGCAGAAAUUGUACAC